AGUCAUCCCAACCAUCCCAACCAUCCAAGUCAUCUCAUUAAUAGUCACCCUAAUCAUGGAAGUAAUUCCAGUCAUCCAAAGAAUCCCAGUCAUCCCAGUCAUCCUAGUCAUCCCAGCCAUCCAACUAAUCUAAUCAAUAGUCAUCCUAUUCAUCUUAAUCAAGCAAGUCAUCCCAGUCAUCCCAAUCAUCCCAGCCAUCCAAUUCAUUUCACUAAUAGUCAUCCUAUUCAUCCUAAUCAUGUAAGUCAUCCCAAUCAUCCCAAUCAUCCCAGCCGUCCAAUUCAUUUCUCUAAUAGUCAUCCUAUUCAUCCUAAUCAUGCAAGUCAUCCCAGUCAUCCCAGCCAUUCAAGUCAUCUCAUUAAUAGUCAUCCUAUUCAUCCUAAUCAUUCAGGUCAUCCAAAUCAUCUCAGUGACCCCUGUCAUCACAGUCAUGUUCUCAUCAUAACAUUCUAGUCAUACCAGUCAUCCCAGUCAUCCUUGUUAUCUCAGUUAUCCCAGUAACCCUAGUCAUCCAAGUCAUCCUAGUAUGCCACUCAUUCCAUUCAUCCUAGUCAUUCCCUUUAUUCUUGUCAUCCUAGUCAUUUCAGGCAUCCGAAUCAUUUCAGUCACCCCUGUCAACAUAUUCAUCCCAGGUAUUCUCGUCAUCCCAGUAAUACUAGUCAUCCUAGCCAUCCUGGUCAUGACAGUCAUUCCAGCCAUCCUAGUAAUCCCACUUAUCCCAAUCAUCCAGGUCACCCUAGUCAUCUCAGUUAUUCUACCUAUCCUUUUCAUCCCAGUCACCCCUGUUAUCCUAGUUAUUCUAGUUAUCCCAGCAGCAUUGGUCAUCCCAGUCAUCCUGGUUAUCUCAGUUAUCACAGUUACCCUAGUCAUCCAAGUCAUCCCAGUCAUCCAAGUCCUAGUAUACUAGUCAUCCCAAUCAUCCUAGUCAUCACAGUGUUUCUAGUUAUCCCUGUCAUCACAGUUAUCCCAGUCAUCAUGAUUAUCCCAGUCGUCCCAGUCACCUAAGUCAUCUUAAUCAUCCCAGUCACCUUAGCCAUCCCAGCCAUCUGUGUCAGCCCACACCCCACUCUCCCCCUUCCCGAGACCCCAGUCAUCCUGUUCAACCCAGUCCUCCUAGUCAUCUCAAUAAUCUUAAUCCUUCUAGUCAUUGCAGUCAUCCAGAUCAUCCCAGUCAUCCCAGCCAUCCAAGUCAUCUCUCUAAUAGUCAUCCUAUUCAUCCUAAUCAGGCUUGUCAUCCCAGUCAUCCAAUUCAUCCUAGUCAUCCCAGCCAUCCAAGUCAUCUCAUUAAUAAUCAUCCUAGUCAU